AUGUCAAUAAAAAAAUCAUCUAUUGUGCCAAAGGAAGUAUUUGGGGUGCAAGGUUCAUUGGGAAAUGGAGUACAAUUUUUGAAUGAAGUGGAUUUUAUGUAUGUAGCAAGUCAUUGUUUGGUUAAAAAAAAUCUGGUUGAUAUGAAAGCACCUGGACACAUAAUUAGUGGUAGCUCAUCUAUGUGCGGCAUUUCUGCCAUUACUCUUAGUUUAGACAAAAAAAUCCUCGCAAUAGCUGAGUUUGCAAAAAUUCAACAAUUCCAGAUUGAUGAAGUAGUCGCCACAAUAAAUCCAACAAUAAGUAUAUACAGCACUUCGAAACUUUCAAAAAUGCUAACUUUGAUAAGCACAUUGCUUGGAUCACACAAAUAUGUUUCAUUAUCUUUCACUUGUGAUGGAAAACAAAUUGCUGCAUUGGUUGGCUCACUUGAAUGGGAAUUAGAACUCUGGCAUGUUGUAGGAACCAAAGUGGUGAAUCCUAUCAAAAUUGUUACAACAAACCACACAAUUCCGUAUCAGGUACAAUGUUGUCCAAGCAACAAGCUUUGGCUCUCCGUGUGUGGCGAUGGAUUUGCAAAAACGUACAAGAUAGUUAACAAUGUCAUGCAACAAGUUUCAACAGAGUACUCAAACCUGCAGGGUUGCAAGGUGCUUUGCCAGGCUUGGGUUCCAUCGUUUGAUGUGGCCGAGGACACAAGCAACGACUCACAGAAGAACAAUAACAACAACAACAACAUCAGCAAUGGCAAAACAAAAGACACCCAAAAAGCCGAAACAAUGAAGAGUUUGGAUCAGAUUGGGAAGAGCACCAAGGACAAUGCUUCAGUGAAAUGUGCUUGCGUUUACGGUCUUGACUCAGGGGAGCUUUUGCAUGUUGACAAUGGAAAGAUUGUUGCAAGAAUACCGAUGCAAAACUGUGGAGAUCAAGCACGUGUAGCCCAUUCGAUUCUACAAUAUUCGAAGGGGCUGAUUUGUGGUGAAAGUGGGGCCAUUUCCAUGUAUGACUACGACAAAGCUCUGAAAACCUACAGGAAGGUCAGGUCGGUGAAAGUGGAGGAGUCCAACGGUCGAGUUUGCGGGUUGGCGUUGUCACCCACCGAGGAUGUGUUGUUGUGCUCACUGUCAAGCAACCACAUUAUCCACCUCUUUCUCCGAGAUGUGGACACCAUGUCCUCUGAUUCCGUUUCGCAUUUAGUCCACACUCAGUCGUACCAUCAAGCAUUCAUAACAGGCAUGGACACAUGUCUGCUCAAACCAUUUGUGGUCACAUGUAGCAAGGAUAACAGUGUGCGCGUGUGGAACUAUGAAGAACAUUCGUGCGAGAUCAUGAAGUUUUUCCCAUCUGAAGCAUUGUCCAUUGCCGUCCAUCCAACUGGGUUGCAUCUGCUGCUUGGAUUUCCCGACUGCUUGUACCUGUUUGAUAUGCUCGUGAAUGAUUUGAGAGUAUGGAGAGAGUUUUUGUCGGUGAAGGGGUGCACUAACUGCGCCUUCAGUCGCGGAGGACAAUACUUCGCAGCUGCGACUGGCACCACUGUUCACAUUAUCUCAACUUACACCGGUCAUGUUAUUGGUCAUUUGCGAGCCCAUAUAAAUAAGGUGAGAAGCAUCUGGUGGGCAUAUGAUGACUUCAGUAUAGUGACUGCGGGUUUGGAUGGGGCUAUAUAUGAAUGGGACCUAAAGACAUGCAAGCGAAGUCGUGAGAUCGUCAUUAAAGGUUGCCCGCAAACUUGUGUGAUAUGUGACAAGAAUUCCAAUGUGUUUCUCAGCACUGCUUCAGAUUGUAAACUUCGGGAGCUGGAUGAUGGGGAAUUACUUCGGAUAAUUGAAAGCAAUGUGAACCUCACACAGAUUAAACAAUUCGUAGGAGGUAGCCUGAUAAUUGCAGGCACGGAGCAUGGAGCUCUUCGUGCUUAUCUGUAUCCUCUCACAGGCAUGAUCUUGCAUCUGGAAGACUUUCCCCCUGACAGCUUCUCACUGUGCACGUAAAAUUGGUAUUAAAAUUUCGUGCUUGUAAAGUGAGUAUUGGAUAUUGAAGCACUUUUCUGUGUACGAAGAUUCAUCGACCAAAAGCAAGACAUAUGUAAAUUGAUACACAGGUAGCCUUUGUGUUACAUGUACUGCUUGUUAUGAUAAUAUGGAGCGUUGGACGUCAGGCCACAGGAGAAUUUCAAGAAGUGAAGGUAUUUGCGACGUCAACAGUCGAAGUCUGCAUGAGCAUCGACAACCGCUUAUUCUGCGCAUCUGAGGACGGGACGAUGAUAAUGUUUGAAAUGCACAUCCCUGGCCCUCAGCGAACUGCUCGGGCCAAUACCAAUACAUUACCAUGGUGCAGUCAGGUGUUGAUCUCCAGGGUUGAUUUACAAGAUUGCAUAAACAGGGCCCAGGAGCUUGAAACAAAGGUGUCGCCUGCAACUUGGAUUUUAUUCAGUACUACACAAGAAACUUGCUUCAGAAUGAUUGUGUUUCAAAAAUAGCUCCUAUGCAACCACCACUGAACCUGGCGUAACAACUUCAUGCUGCUGGAAAGCCAUGCUAUGUGUAUGGAGGGCUUCUGGAGCCUUAAUUACGUAGGUCGAAAUCCAUGCACUAAGUCACUAGACACAGGAUGAGCAAGUGAGCCUACCCUAAAAUUGUCGAGCAUGACGAACACCACCGGGAGUCUUACUCGUAAGCUGUUCAACCGGGGAUUAGUCAUGAGUGAUGUAAUUCCAUCUUUAAACUGGCUUUUCUAUGUACAUGAAUGCA